GCAUUGCGCAACAAAGGUGCAGGGCUUGGAGAGCCACAGUGCGGCAGGAAAACCGCACCAAGAGAUUGAAUAGAGGAGGGAAUGCUAAACACAUAGGUUAUCCAUACAAAAAUACAUGGACAUGAAAGGGAGAAGCCGUCUGCUUCCAACGAACCCAAAUAAUGGAAAUAGUUCUGUUUUCAUUCCAGCUAAAGAGCAGUUUUUCCUCUGAAAUCCAACGAAACCUUCCCAGCUUGGUCCGACGAAGCCCAUUUCAACUGGUAGACAGCAGAAUGGAUGAAAAACACCAAGACUAGCGACUCAUUGUGUCAACGAGACUGAAUAAGACGAUAAACCGCAGCCAAUCUAGCAUUUUAUGACUGAAAGAACGUGUGAAUAGUCUCCGGAAAGACACCGCAUCUUAUCAUUUUUCAGCCGUUUAUUUAUUGUUUUCCACCAAAUUCCAGUAGUGGGAUGCUUUCGCGUUGUGUUGCUUCAUAGGGUUCAAGAACACAAUUCAGGGAGGAAUAUGGGUGAAGUUCAGGACGUAAGGGAUGUUAAGAAGACCUUCGUUGCUCCAGCAAUAAAGUCUUUUGAGCACUAUGACUUCUCCCGAGCCAAAAUCUGUUGCAGCCUCACAUGGUUGGUGGCCAAAGCAUACGGGACAGACAGCAUCCCGGCAGACUUAAAGGACCCUUUCUACACAGACCAGUAUGAGCAGGAGCACCUGAAGCCUCCUGUGGCCAGCCUCCUGCUGUCUGCAGACCUUUACUGCAGGGCCGGCAGCCUCAUCCUGAAGAGUGACGCUGCCAAGCCCCUGCUGGGCCACGAUGCUGUCAUUCAGGCGCUGGCUCAGCGUGGACUCUACAUCACCGACCAGGAGAGACUGGUCACUGAGAGGGACCUUCGAAAGAGGCCUCUGCAAAUGAGUGCUCACCUGGCAAUGAUCGACACUCUGAUGAUGGCGUACACAGUGGAGACGAUGAGCGUGGAGAAGGUGAUGACCUGCAUUCGUCAGUAUUCAUCCUGCGACCCUGAGGUGGAAACACCUUAUGACACAGAGGACGCAGUCACCACCUGGAUCAACAAGGUAAAUGAGUAUCUGAAAGACACCGUGGCUCAGGAGCAGAGGAAGAGGGAGACGCAGAGCGCCGAGCCUGCUGGGAGUCCUCGGUCUCCAACCAAGUGGUACAUGAAGCUUGUGCCUGCUCGCUACAGGAAGGAGCAGGCCUCAACCCAGCCGGUUCCCUGGAUCCCCCCAGUGGACAACCUGCUGAAAGACAGCACGGACGGCUCAGCCCUGGGUGCUCUGCUGCACUUCUACUGCCCUCAACUGCUAUCAUUGGACGAUGUCUGCCUGAAGGUGAACAUGACGCUGGCUGAUCGGCUGUACAACCUGCAGCUCAUACAGGACUUCUGCAAAGACAACCUGAACAGCUGCUGCCACUUCAGCCUGGAGGACAUGCUCUAUGCCUCCUCCACCAUCAAGAAUAACUACCUGGUGUUCAUGGCAGAGCUGUUUUGGUGGUUUGAGGUGGUCAAGCCAUCUUUUGUGAAACCAAGAAUGCUGGACAACGAAGGCACAGAGCCCUCAUCCUUGUUGAAGAAUAUGCCAGCCAUCCCCAUCUCCAAGGCAACCAAGAGGAGCUUCAUGGAAAGACCCCCAAGUCCUGAAAGACCCAGUUUGCCCCUCCGACCCCAGCCUCGAAACUCAGGAGAGAUCAAGAGGUCAACCUCAAUGUCCUUUGUCGAUGGCAACCUCGGCACCUGGCCCAAAGAGAAAAGGUCUGGGCCUUAUGGGGUGUCUUUUGACAUCCCCUUUGACAAAGAGGACUCUGCUCCAGCCUCUCUUUCCUCCACACGUGGCAUGGUCAGGUCCGUCAGCACUGAUGAUGGUUCUGGCUUCAGGGUCCACCACCUGCCCCGUGGAAUGAAGCGUAACCUGUCCUUCCAGCCAGUGAACGGUCAGAGUGUCGGCAUUGAGGAGGAGGGCUGCCCAGACAGCCUGGCUGGUAUGGAGCCUGGCAGGCGAGCGUACCCCAACGGACAUGGAAGUGUCAUGGCAACAACUCCCUCCGUGGAGGAAGCCCUCCAGAUAAUCCACAGCCCGAAUAAGCCCCCAGCGGAGCGGAUCAACAAUGGUUUCUUCCUGCACAGUCAGGAUCACGGGACCACUUGUGGUGUUGGCUUGGAGCCUGUGUCAGAGUUGGACUCCCAAGGGCCUCUGAGCACCACAGACACCACCGAGGUGGACACUGGUAUCCAUAUCCAAACAGAAGACAUGCUGGAUGAGGAUUCCUCUUUGAAAGACUGCUCUGUGAACAUGGACCUGGAUAUGGACACGCCAAGCCCCUGCCCAAGUAGUCAGAGCAAAUCCCCCUCAGGAAUGAAGAUGACCAGCUUUGCCGAACAGAAGAUGAGGAAGCACAUUCCAUCAGCGCCAGACUCAGGGAGGUGUAGCAGCAGCUCCCUUAAGACCACUCCUGAGGGCUCUGAGUUUGGCCUCCCAUUAUCUGUCUCCUGGGCCCCGACCCCUGAGCACAGCCCCAUCCAUCAACAAACCACACCACCCCUCACUGCUCAAGCAUCGUCCACACCUGUACAACUUCCACCCAAUGACCCCGCUCAGGUCAUGGCUACAGAGAUGGUACAGCUGAGGAUGAGGCUGGAAGAGAAACGUAAAGCCAUCGAAGCACAAAAGAAGAAAGUGGAGGCUGCUUUUACAAGGCAUCGGCAAAAGAUGGGUCACUCAGCGUUUCUCAAUGUGGUGAAGAGAAAAGGAGAUGGGGCCGCCAGUGGAGAGGAAGGAGGGAAAAUCGAGGGAGAAGGCAAGGCAGCAAGCACAAGUCCCACCUUCAAAUUUGGGAGGAGCAAGGCAGACACACCUGAUGGGGCAGAGCAAAGCAGCACAGGCUCCUGUUGGACAAAGUCACCUGGUGCAGGAGAGGAAGGUGGGCAAAGCCAUGCUCAGCUAACUGAGGUAGAUCUCACCGAGUAUACACGUUCUAUUGAGAAACUUAACCAUUCAUUAGCCUUCCUUCAGACUGAGAUGCAGCGACUUGCUCAGCAGCAAGAAGUGAUCAUGGCCAUGAGGGAGCAACAACAUCAGCAGGCGUGGGUCAUCCCUCCUCCACAUACAGACCCAUCACCACAAAAACACAGUCGAGCAGGGGCUGUUACCCGAUCCUCAGGACCCUCUUCUCCUGCCGACUCCCCUCGUUCCACCCACCGCUCUCCAACCAGCAUCAAACGCAAAUCUGCCUCCUUCCACUCACGUAAUCCUCGCACCACUCGUCCCAGCGAGCUAAAGCUGGCCCCUUACAAUCGAGUCCUAACUGCCCCGCAAUCUGUCGAUAGCAUCCCCAGGCUACGCCGAUUUUCUCCCUGCCACCCCUUGGCAAGUUCCUUCGUUUACAUGGGGGAGAAACCAGCAACCGCCAAUCCAGCAACAGUAGCCUCAGAUGGAGAUAAAAACAAGGAGACGGAGUCACUCCUUUCCCCAGAGAGGGAGUUUGCUAGUAUAUGUGUAGCCAACUCACCCCCCAGCUCCCCCAACCUGCAGAACAAAAGAGAACAAAUAUUCGAAUGCCAAACCCAGGAAACAGAGGUUCACAGCCAAUCCAAGAUCACUGACGUGGAAACAGAUGACCAGAAAGUUCAGUCAGUUGCAGAUCUCAAACCUACCAUAGAGUCAUCAUUUCCUGAGGUUCUGGCCCACCCUGUGGUAGAGACCUUCACGCUGACACCUACAGAGAUUCUUCCCCAGUCAGAAGCCUCAGGCCAAGUCAAGAGCAGCUUGAUUGAGGUUCCUCUGUCAGUCAUCAAGCCACUGGAGGAUCUGACACUUUGUGAUGAUUUGGAGAUGCAGCAGGGUAAUGUGGAAGGCUCGGAUUACGAACAGAAGAUGUGUCGUGGUUUCUUCUUCAAGGCGGAUGGAAAGGCCGAUGAGAACAUGGCUCAGAAGAGGGCUGCACUGUUGGAGAAAAGGAUGAGAAGGGAAAAGGAGAGCCAGCAGAGGAAGAUGCAGCUGGAGGCUGAGUUGGAGCAGAAGAAAGAGGAUGCUCGACUGAAAGCAGAGGAGGAGCGCACCAGGAAGGAGGAAGACAAGGCCAGGAGGGAGUUCAUCAAGCAGGAAUAUCUCAGGAGGAAGCAGCUAAAACUGAUGGAGGACAUGGACACCGUCAUUAAACCUCGACCAGUUAGUGGGGCCAAGCAGAGGCGGGGUCGCCCCAAGUCCAUGCAUCGCGACAGCAUGGACUCCCCCAAAACCCCUGUCAAAGCUGCCACAGGUUCACGCCAACGUGUCUUUUCAGUCUCCAGCUUGUCCCUCGCUUCCCUCAACCUGGGAGACAGCGACAGUGUUCACUCUGAGAAGAGAGCGCCGAGGCCAGAUUCUGCAGAUGGCUUCCUGUCCCCGAGUCGCUCCAGCAGCAGGAAUGGAGAAAAGGACUGGGAAAAUGGAUCCACAACCUCCUCAGUUACAUCCAACACAGAGUACACCGGGCCAAAGCUAUACAAGGAGCCCAGUGCCAAAUCUAACAAGCACAUCAUCCAGAACGCUCUGGCCCACUGCUGCCUCGCAGGCAAGGUUAAUGAGGGGCAAAAGAACAAGAUCCUGGAGCAAAUGGAGAAAUCGGAGGCCAACAACUUCUUGGUUUUGUUCCGAGAUGCCGGCUGCCAGUUCCGCUCUCUCUACACUUACUGCCCCGAGACAGAGGAGAUCAACAAGCUGACAGGCAUCGGCCCCAAGAGCAUCACACGCAAGAUGAUCGACGGCCUCUACAAGUAUAACUCGGACAAGAAGCAGUUCAGCCAGAUACCAGCCAAGACCAUGUCGGCCAGCGUGGACGCGGUGACGAUCCACAACCAUCUCUGGCAAACCAAGAAGCCAGCCACCCCUAAAAAAGUAGUGCCUGCCCAGUCCUAAUAGAACUUGAUACGGCAAACACCACCAUUUCCCCCUCAAAUGGAACAUACCCAUUUCAAUUUGCACUUCACUGUACAUAUCCAUGAAGAUUCAAGCACCUGCAAUGCCAGUUAGAUGAAUGCAUAUUUGUCUUUUUUAUGUUUGUUCGUUUUUCCUCUCAUUGCAUUCCUAUCCUUGUUUUUCCUACUUACUCUGGACUGGAUAUGAUAGGAUUCAAAGAUUAUGAACAACUGGAAUGUAUGCCACUGUUGAAGAAUGAUGUUGCUUAUCAAAUGCUUAUCACUUCUGUGUUUUUAGAGAUUGUCAUGUUUGAGUCAGUUUAUGAAGGCAUGUGUGAGUGUUGUUUCCUAUGUGCCAAACGUCAAAAAAGAGACAGUAUGAAUGCAAGGACAUUUUAUUGGGUACACUGAAGCACUGAAUGUUUUUAAUUCAUGUACAGAUUGAUUUGUGUUUGCAUUAUCCUGUUAAUGUGUGGCCUUAUGCGCGUUUUGUUUUAGCGUGUGAGUGCAAUGAGGUGAUUGUAAAACAGCGUAUACAGAUGGGUUUGGGGUUUUUUUGUACUUGGAAGAACACUUUUUUCUUCAUCUCUGUGGGUAAAACAGUUUGUAUAUUAAGGUACGUAAAACUACAAAGGGCCAAAAAACUAAUUGCAUACAGCUAGUGUUAGCCACACGGUACACGUGUGUUCAGCUCAACAAAGCCAAGAAGUUUCAGCUUUUUCAGAACCCUUUUUGAGAAAGUGAUUUUAAAGAAUGCAGGACGUUACUCUAGAUCACUGGUUCUCAACCUGUGGGUCAGGACACCUGCGGAUGAUUUGAGCUGUAAUGUAUGAUGUGUGAAAAAAAAUAUUUCUAAUAUGCAAAUAUGCUGUCAUGUUUGUAAUUGUUGUGUCAAAAUCCUUUUUCCCGUAAUAUACAAAAGUAGUUGCAAGCUCAAGAUGUAUUUCAAUAAUUUAGUAAAAUUAAUUGAAACAUUGAAAAUAAAAAUCAUCCCUUAAGGGUAAAAGUGAACCCUCUGGUUUGCUUACACAUGGGUUUUACAAGGAGGCAUUGCUUCAGCAGGUUGAGAACCAGUGUUGUAGAUCACUUUGCUGCUGGUUUACAGGGGAUUUGUGAACAAAUAAAACAGCUCAGUAUUAUUUUGUUUUUAUUUAGAAAUGCUGCCAUGUAGGAUCUUUGCAGUAUAUUAAUAUAAUGUAUGCUUACACUCUCACCCACUGGUAUCAGGAAUAUGACUGAAUUCCAAGACAUAAUGACACCCAAGAAGUAUUUCUCUUUAUAUCAAUUUCAGGAUUUCAAAUUAAACUGUUGUACUAGUACUUUCUUGACAGUAUUAAAUUCUUCAGAUUUACACCUGGCUUACUCAUCUUAACAAAGUCUGCACUUUUGAUACUCUAAGGCACUUCUGGUAAAAGCAUCCACCAAACACCAAAUGUAGUGAACAUAGUGCAUAUACAAAGUUUAGAUUGCUGAUUAGUUCAAAAAUCAAUUGCUCUGCUAUUUAAUAAAGCCAGUCAUACAUCACAGCAAGUAUUGCCUGAUUCAUUAGAAUGGCUACGCUAUUACUAUGGUUGUGUCACUUUCAACUGUUGCUCUUACGUAACAUUAUGUGAAGAGUGUGUAUUAGCAGAAUAUUUGUCUGUUGCCUACAGAUGCAACAUGUCCUAAAAUAAUUAAUAAUUUUGUUAGAUUUAUAUAUAUUUUUUCAAUUAUUAGGAAAACCAAUUUCACAAAAUAAUGCAAGGCAGAAUAGGGAAGAUCUUUGUUGCUGCAUACGGGUAGAGACUCGCCACAGAGUUUCAUUGGUGUCAGUAUCAUGUUCCUUUUGCCCCCGAAUGUCAAAUCAACACCAUUUGCAGGUACGAUUUCCAACAAAAACAAAAUCUGCGAACGUGGUGCAUUGUUUUCAGCUGGGGGGAUAUUUAUGACCAAAAGAGAGCAUGUAUAUGUCUUUGAAAAUGUAAUCUAGUAUGACAGAGUGAAGAAGUGUUUCUCUGCUGUUUACUGGAAGGAUCUGUCCACAGAAGCUCUGUCCACCAGCUGUUGGCUGCUUAAGGCCAAGGUAAAUGAUUAUUUAAACUGUAAUGAUAUUGUACAGUGUGUUCAUGUGAGCUUAUACCUAUCCACUAUGAUGACUUUGUUUUGUUUGUCAGACGCUGUGCUGUCAUUCAACGUAUUGCUGAACAUGUAGUUUCAUUUUGUUUUUUUUCUUUUUUGCAUUAAAUAAAACUAAGCAUGGCCUCAGCA